ACGUAUAAUUUAAAAGAAAUAUUUUUUUAUUAUUUUUUUUAUUUUUUUUAAAAUAAAUCAAAUGAAAAAAAUGAAACUCGAUUGUUUUUUGACAACAAAAUCAUUGAAAUACGUUUUAGGAAAGUAAAAAGAUUUCCAAAUAUUUUUAAGAAUAUUUUGUAACUGAACUUAUCAUAUUUUUGAAAAUAUGGUUAUUUUUAUCCGUAGAAUGUAGUUUCUACACUAUGUAGAGAACAUACAACUAAUUCAUAAGUAGAUUCUACCAUAUGUAGCAUUUUGAGUCGUGUCUUGAUUUUGUAUUCCUAGAUUUUUAGAAUUGUUCAUACAAGUAGAAUUUGCAUUCAGAAUAAAUGUAGCUAUAUUUGCAAUGCGUAGACAUCGCAUUACUCAUAUUUAGAAUUUUAUUUAAAAGUAGAUUAUUGGUUCGAGAGAAAGUAGAAUAAAUUAUUUAAUGUGGAAUUCAAUUUCUACCAUGCCAUUUUUCGUAGAAGAUGAAAUUUCUUUCUGUAGAACAUAAUGAAAGUUUUCAAUUUAACAAGUUUUACAAUCCAAGAAAAUAUCACGGAUAUCUCAUCAAUUUUUUUCUAUUUUCUAUAAUUUUUUUUAUUCCAAAAACUAUUUAUUGUAUUAAGUUUGAAAAGUAUUAAGGAUAGUUUUGUCAAAAAGGCGACAAAAAUGUUUUUUUACUAGAGGAACAAAAAAAAGCUGGUUUUUUCAUUCUAUUUCAGAAAUUUCCUCUUUAUUAAAUUGAAAAAACUAAAUUAAUCUAAACCUUAAACAGUAAACACUAAAGCCUAGAUCCUCAUUUUAUGUUUUUAAAAAUAAAUACAGUUUGGGUUUAAAAUCUAUUUAUUUAUUUAUUGAUUUAUAAUAUUUAUUUAUUUUAAUAUAUUUAAAUGAUUAUAUAUAUAUAUAUAUAUAUAUAUAUAUUUAUCUUCGUACCUUUUAAUGUAUUAUUCUUGGAAUAAAACUUGUUUUCUGUCCUACAUAUAUCCUACAGAAGAAGGGAAAGUUAAGGGGUGACAUAAAGUUCCAGAAUCUUUGGACGAAAAUGAUGAACCCUACAAAAGCUAAUAAUAUCUUUUUGGGAGUCCCGUUCAUUUGGGGUUUUAUGUUGAUGAACGUUGGUUUAGGAAAAAACCCAACAAGUGAAAUCAAAAUAGGAAUAGUUCUUGAUCUCCAAACUCCUUUUUCCAAGAUCUGCCUCACUUCCAUUAAUAUGUCGUUGUCUGAUUUCUACGAAAAUCAUUCAAAUUACACCACAAGAAUUGCGAUUCAUGUAAGAGAUUCCUUGGAAGAUGCUGUUCAGGCUUCAGCUGCAGCUUUGGACCUAAUCAAGAACGAGAAAGUGAGCGCCAUCAUCGGACCACGAAGCUCUCUGCAAGCCGAGUUCAUGAUUAGACUGGCCAACAAAUCUCAAGUACCUGUCAUCACAUUCUCGGCAACAAGCCCUCUUUUGACAUCUACCAAGACCCCUUACUUCGUCCGAGCCACUCUUAAUGACUUAUUACAGGUCAGAGCCAUUGCGGCCAUUGUCAAAUCCUUUGAAUGGAGAAGUGUUGUCGCAAUUUAUGUGGACAACGAAUUCGGAGAAGGAAUCAUGCCAUACUUGGCUGACGCUUUACAAGAUGUGCAUACUUGUGUAACAAUUAGAAGUGUGAUCUCACUGGAGGCUAGCAAUGAUCAGAUUACAAACCAGCUUUACAAGCUCAUGACCAUGCAGACAAGGGUGUUUGUUGCCCACAUGCCACCAAAUCUUGGGUUUCGGGUUAUUCAGAAAGCUAGAGAUAUUGGGAUGAUGGGGGAAGGGUAUGUAUGGAUAUUUACAGAUGGAAUGACGAAUUGGAUUGGAUCUACCGAGCACGGUAGCAACCUGGAGAAUAUGCAAGGGGUGUUGGGUUUGAGAAGCCGUAUCCCCAACUCAAAAGAGCUUGGAAACUUCAGUUUGAGAUGGGAGAAAAUAUUUGGGCAGGCUAAUGCAAAACCAAAUGUUUUUGCGUUACGGGCGUAUGAUUCGAUAACUGCAUUGGCCGUGGCCGUGGAGAAAACGAACACAAAGAACUUACGGUAUGAUAACCUUAUUAGCGCAUUCUUAAAUAACACGACGGAUUUGGGGACACUAGGGGUCUCUCGCUACGGUCCAAGUCUUCUAAAGUCUCUGUCGGAUGUAGACUUCAACGGUUUAGCAGGAAAAUUUAAACUAGUUAACAUGGAGCUCGAGCCAUCAACUUUUGAUAUCAUCAAUUUUAUUGGAAAAGAAGAGAGGAUUGUCGGAUCCUGGACACAAAGCAAUGGACUUGUGAAUGAAAAUCCAACAAGUGAGAGGUUGGGUCCUGUGAUAUGGCCCGGGAAGUCGACAGUCAUUCCGAGAGGAUGGGAGAUUCCAACGGACGGGAAGAAAGUAUUUAAAGUAGGUGUUCCACUGAAGAGAGGAUUUUUAGGCUUUGUGGAUGUAAAGCAGGAUCCGAGGAAGGCAACAAUACCAACAGGUUACUCCAUAGAAGUCUUUGAAGCUGCUCUUAAAAGGUUGCCUUACUCAGUCAUCCACCGCUACGUCACUUUCGAUACUCCAAAUCAUAGCUACGACACUCUGGUAGAGCAAGUCCAUAAUGGGAUGUUCGACGCAGCUGUGGGAGAUAUAACCAUCAGAGCAAAUAGGUUUGUGUCUGUUGAUUUCACGUUACCAUACACAGAGUCUGGUGUAUUUAUGUUGGUACCAAUGAAGGACAAUGAGAACAAUACAUGGUUUUUCCUCCUACCAUGGAGCUUAGAACUAUGGGUCACUACCGCUUGCUUCUUCAUAUUCAUUGGGUUUAUUGUGUGGAUUUUAGAACACAGAGUCAACACCGACUUUCGUGGACCGCCUCACCACCAGAUCGGCACUAGUUUCUGGUUCUCCUUCUCCACUAUUAAUUUUGCCCACCGUUUGCGUGAUACAUAUUCAAGCGUGUGCUGUGUGUAUAUAGGUGAGAAGGUAGUGAGCAAUUUAGCAAGGUUUGUGGUGAUCGUCUGGUGCUUUGUGGUGCUUGUGCUCACUCAGAGUUACACAGCAAACCUCACAUCUUUCCUUACAGUACAACGGCUUAAACCAGAAGUCACUACUGUGAAUGAACUUAUAGAAAACAAGGAGAUUGUAGGAUACCAAAACGGUUCUUUCGUGCUUAAAUUUUUGAUAAAUAAAGGAUUUCAAGGUUAUCAACUCAAGCCUUAUAAUUCUGCUGAAGAAUGCCACAAUCUUUUGAUUAAUGGGACAUCGAAAGGAGGUAUUGCAGCAGCUUUCGAUGAGGUGGCUUACCUUAAAGUUAUCAUUUCUCAGUAUUGCAACAAAUAUGCAAUUGUUGAACCUUCUUUUAAGAGUUCUGGUUUUGGCUUUGUAUUCCCCAAGAAUUCACCAUUGACGGAUGAUGUCUCGAGGGCUAUCUUGGAAGUGAUUGAAAACGAUGAAAUGCAACAAAUCGAGAAUAAAUGGUUCUCCAAAAAGAGUAAUUGUUCUGAUCCAACCUUCAUUCCUUCACACAACCGGCUUAGCGUCAAUAGCUUUUGGGGUCUAUUUCUAAUAGUAGGUGUUACUUCGCUCUUGGCUCUUCUCGUCUUUGUGGCUUUUUUCUUUUAUGAACAUAGGCACACGCUGUAUGAGGACUCCGAAAUUUCUUUCUGGAGAAAGCUAACGAUUUUGGUUAGAAGCUUUGACGAAAAAGACAUAAAAUCCCACAUGUUCAAGGAUAGUGCGGUUCAUAAUGUGAGUUCACCUAGUACUCAAUGCACCCCAAGAUCUUCAACAAUGCAGAACAUACCAUGGCCACAAAAUCCGUCACAGAACAUGGAGUUUGAGCUAAGAAGAGUGUCUCCCGUUCCGAGUGAAGAAUUUUCCACUCCACAACUAGAACAAGAUGAAGAUGAGGAAGCUAAUACUUUACGGGAAGUAGAAUGAGAAAGAAAGUUUGUUGAAGCAAGAGAUUCAGGAAGAAAGUUUGAACUGACGAUCCAACAGAUGCAUUUAGAAACAUACUAUUUUCAAUGUAUAUAUAAACAGCUUGACUUAGCUACGGAACCAAGAAGAGACAAAUGCACAGUACCAAAAAUCAGUUCAAAAGCCAAUAUAUUACUGCAAGAAACAUACUACUUCAAUGUAUAUUAGGUAAUUCUUCCGUUA